AGUGGCGUCACCUGCAGCUGGGCGCUGGUUUAGUUGCAGGCUGUGCUCCGGGGGUAGAGGACUGAGCACCUUCCUUCAGAAGAACUCUUGCUGACAGUAACUUGAUCUCCUCCUGUAGAACACGUCUCUUCAGUUAACAGGCGGGACCAAAGAGUCGAAGCUCAACUAGCUGUGAUGACGUCAGCGUUGCGAGCCACUGGCCGGUGCGGAGCGUCAACAGUCAUGGCUUCUUGCACAAGGCGAGGAGCCAGACUCAUCACAACCUCCUGCGUCUCGCACAAGAUCAUCACCUCACACUUCCCAAGUCCUAAGCCGUCAUCAACCAACUUGACCAGUCAAAUACUCAAAGACUCGUCUAAAUGGGCCAACCAGAUUGCCACAGAGUGUGGAGUGACGCGCCGGAGGUACUCCUUCUCUCAGCUGGUGGACCGCGUAGCCAGGUGGGCGGGCAUGCUGAACAAACUGGGCAUCAAGAAAGGUGACUUUGUAGCCAUUAUAAUGCUCAACUGUCCAGAAUAUCCCAUUGUUAUGCUGGGAGCCAUAAGCAUUGGAGCCAUUGUCACUGGUGUCAACCCUACCUAUACCCCAGGGGAAAUCCUUCGGCAGCUGGAAGACAGUGGCGCCAAACUAGUGAUAGGAGACACUUUCUCAGAGAAGAAGAUUAAUGCAGCUCUUGCUGAAUAUAAAAAGCCCACCGUGUUGGUGAUAAAUGGGCCUUCUACGGUUGACGGGGCUCUUGAUCUGCUACACAUCCUGGAAGAUUCAUCUCUUCCAUUUGCUGACCCUGUUGAGGUUUCUGGGAAAGAUCUGGCACUGAUGCCAUAUUCAAGUGGAACGACUGGAAAGCCCAAGGGAGUUGCUCUGUCCCACAGUGCAGUCGCUUCCAACGUGACUAUGCUUGCCCAUCCAAGCGUCUUCACUUCCCACAAAACAACAGAUUCAUACCAAGAUUUAUUUUUGUGCUACCUGCCAUACUUCCACGCAUAUGGGGUUGUGCCUAUUAUGAUGACAGGACUGCAAAUGGGUGUAAAACUGGUCUCUACACCCAAGUUUGAUCCCAACACCUUCGUCAAGGACAUCAGGCAACACAAGGUGGGAACUCUUCACUUGGUUCCACCAGUGCUUAACUUCUUGAACCAGUCUCCGACAGUUACCCCUGAAGCACUGGCGUCACUGCACACCACUUUAUGUGGCGCUGCCCCUGUUCUUGUCACCGACGUACAAGCAUUCAAGGAGAGAAUUAAAAAAACUUUAUUCUUCCAAGAAGUGCUGCCCGGAGUGUCAUCCAAGGUGGUGGACACACUCACUGGCCAAACCUUGCCCCCAGAUCACAACGGAGAGAUCUGCAUUAAAACUCCAGCGAUGAUGACUGGGUAUUACCGUAAACCCGACGCCACAUCAGCGACCAUAGACAGUGAAGGGUGGCUCCACUCUGGGGAUAUCGGCAGUUGUGAUGAGGAAGGCUUUUUUACCAUCGUCGACCGCAUUAAGGACCUCAUCAAAGUCAAGGCUCUGCAAGUGUCACCGUCAGAGCUGGAGGAGGUGGUCCUACAGCAUCCCAAGGUGGUGGAGGUGAGCGUGGUGGGCGUACCUGACAGCAGGAUCGGCGAGGCGCCCAGGGCUUAUGUUGUCACCUCCGCUCCAACUACACAAGAUGAGAUAACAAAGUUCGUUGAUUCGAAAGUGGCCCCGUAUAAGAGGCUGGUGGGAGGAGUUGUGUUUGUGAGGGAGAUUCCCAAGACUGCCACUGGUAAAGUACUCAGGCGGGAGCUGAAGAAGAUGGCCCUGGGAACGACUUCAGCAGCCAUGACUUGAUGAACUAAGUGCGUGCACUAAGGUUAAAAGUCUCGAUGUCACUGAACUCAGCAGAACGGGGACGAGAAGCCUUAAUUAAUGAGGAGAAUUCCAUCUUCCAGGAUACCACCCACUUUUCAGAAAGGACAGAACAACAAGUCAAGGACCCGGGCAACUUCCCAAGUUGCCCGGGACCUUGAUCCCAAACACAUAGUAAUAAUAAUAAAAAUUAGUAAUGGUAAUGUCUUCUCACAGACAUAAUAACAUAGGAAAAAACCCACACUUGUGUAUAUGUGAAAUUUAUGUAAGGAAUUUAAACCAAGUCUUUCGCACUCUCUUG